CCCUGUAAACCCUUUAGGUCUUCUUUCACACUAAAAUGGAGUCAAGAAAAGAAUCCAGUCAACCUUCAACAACAGAUCAUCUUCCAAUCUUAUGCAACAAUGAUAAUUUGCAGAACGUUAAAAACAUGCUUUUAGAUGAAUGCACUAGAGACGGCUCGUUAGAUUGGCAUGGAAAACCAGCGGUGAAGAGAAAAACCGGCGGAUGGAAAUCCGGCAUGCUCUUGCUUGUGAAUGAAGGAUUAGCAACACUUGCAUUCACAGGAGUAGAAGUGAAUAUGGUUUUGUUUUCAAAAUCUGUGUUGAGACAGUCAAAUGCAGAAGCAGCCAACAUGUUUAGCACUUGGAUGGGCAGUGUUUACUUGUUCUCUCUUUUGGGUGCCUUUAUUAGUGACUCUUAUUUGGGAAGAUAUCUCACUUGUGUUGUCUUUCAGGUUAUUUUGACCAUGGUAAGUCAACCCUUUUCCGGCCCGAUUUCUCCUUACCAUUCUCUAGAGGGUUUGGUUGCAUUGUCACUAACAACUCAAACUUUUAUGUUAAAAUCCAAAGGUUGUGGUAGAAUAGGAGAGUUAUGUGAUGCUCAUUCACCGAUCGAAAUAGCAAUAUUCUACGUAUCAAUUUACUUAAUCGCCCUUGGAAACGGUGGUGCUGAGCCUGCACUAGCCACAUUUGGUGCUGACCAGUUUGAUGAAGAAGAUCCUGAAGAAAAACAAGCAAAAACAACGUUCUUGAGCUACUUCUACGUCGCGUUAAACCUUGGUUCUUUGAUCUCGGAGACAAUAUUAGUUUAUAUUGAAACAAUGGGAGAGUAUGUGUUAGCCUUUUGGAUAUCUAGUUUAUGUGGUUUCAUUGCAUUGAUCGCGAUAGUGAGCGGGAGUUUUAGAUACCGACAUUUUAAGCCUUCGGGUAAUCCUAUCUCGCGGUUUUCUCAAGUUAUUGUGGCUUCUGUGAGGAAAAUUAAGCUUCAGUUACCCUCUAAUGGAGAUGGGUUGUAUGAAGAUUUUACAAGAAAUGAUAGUGGAACAAGGAGGAUAUAUCACACUAAUGACUUCAAGUUUUUUGAUCGUGCAUCGAUCAUGACCCCAGAUGAUGGCGAAAAUCCACACCCGUGGAGACUAUGCACCGUCACGCAAGUCGAAGAAGUAAAAUGUGUCCUAAGACUACUCCCAAUAUGGUUAUGCACCAUAUUAUCAUCAGUAGUAUUCAUCCAAAUGAUUUCACUUUUUGUCGAACAAGGUGCAGCCAUGAACCGAAAAAUCUCCAACUUCCACAUCCCACCCGCAAGCAUGACGGUUUUCGACAUAAUAAGCACAUCAGUUUUCAUCAUCUGCUAUGACAAACUCAUUCUCCCACUAUACGUCAAAUUAACCAAAACGAAGCCCAACCCGCCAAGCGAGCUGCAACGAAUGGGGAUCGGGCUUGCUAUUGCGACAGCAGCGAUCAUCACAGCAGGUGUAGUGGAACAUCACAGGCUAAAAUAUGCAAGUGAAGGCCCAAAAGAAACAAGCUCUUUAAGCAUAUUUUGGCAAACACCUCAGUAUGUGUUGGUGGGAAUAGCUGAAGCUUUUACUUAUGUGGCCCAAUGGGAGUUUUUUGCGGCCCAAGUUCCUGAUAAGUUGAAAAGUAUUGGGCUUGGAUUGUCUAUGUGUUCUUCAGCUAUGGGGAGUUACACCAGCAGUAUUAUACUGUCGGUCGUUAUGAAGAUUACGUCGAAAAACGGGAAGCCCGGGUGGGUCCCGGCGAACUUGAAUGACGGGCAUUUGGAUCGGUUUUUCUUUCUGUGUGCAGCGUUGACUGCUCUUAAUCUUGUGUUUUUUAUUUCUUGUGCUAAGAAGUAUAAGAAUAUAGUUGUGGAGAGAAGAGAUGAAGCUAGGGACAUGAGUUAAGUGGUUAUGGUACUUUAUGCAGUAAGAAACAAAAGUGACAGAAAUAUAUAAGUUUUAUUAUAUAUAUGAUGCCUUGUGUUUGAUCAA